AUGAAGACUUUUGCAGCCAUCUCCGCCCUUUUCCUGUCUGCCGCUUCGGCCGCCCCUCUCGAGCAGCGCCAAGCUACCGAGUUUGACAUUACCAACUUCAGUGCCAACACCAUUCCUCACGGCACAGGGGCAUUCAUGUCAUAUGACAUUGAGAUCCCUGGCGUUCUGAGCACCACCUGCUCGUACUCGGACCAGACCUCGGUCGGUCACCUCCCGGACAUUACUCCGUACCGCCCCUGUGACGAUGCAUCCGUCACCUGGCAGUGGCGUCAGAUCCAGGCCGGACCCACCGGCCCCGGACCGUACCUCUUGGUCAUUCUUUACACCGACCCAGCCACCAGCGCUGUCGUCGACGGCUCCAAGGAGUGGCCCUCCACCGACUUUCCCGUCGAGGACCAGGGCAGCUCCGUGGCUCAGUUCUACCGCGGCGAGCCCAACUUUGUCAUUACCGUUUGA